AUGCCUUUUGAGGUCUUAAGUGGUUACCCUUUCCCCACUGCUCCUCCUGUGGAUCCAUUUGCAAAAAUCAGAGUGGAUGACUGUGGAAAAACCAAGGGAUGCUUCAGGUACGGUAAACCUGGAUGCAAUGCGGAGACUUGUGACUACUUUCUAAGUUACCGUAGAAUAGGAGCUGAUGUUGAAUUUGAGUUGAGUGCCGAUACCGAUGGCUGGGUGGCGGUGGGAUUUUCCUCGGACAAGAAAAUGCUAUUGGAGACCGUGUUACCAGUUUGUAACUCUGAUAUACCUGCAGUAGAUCCCAGGGUCCCGCCAUCUGCAGCCUCAUCAGCCCCUUGGAAGGCAGGCAUUACCUUUCGUCCCAGACACACCAAGCAGCAUGGAGAUGAUGUCAUGGCUUGUGUUCAUGAUGAUAACGGAAGAGUCCGAAUACAGCACUUCUAUAAUGUCGGUCAGUGGGCUAAAGAAAUCCAGAGAAAUCCUGCUAGAGAUGAAGAAGGAGUCUUUGAAAACAACCGUGUAACGUGUCGAUUCAAGCGUCCUGUAUAUGUUCCCCGAGAGGAAACCAUAGUAGAUUUGCACUUGAGUUGGUACUAUCUGUUUGCUUGGGGCCCAGCAAUUCAGGGUUCUAUAACUCGUCAUGAUAUAGACUCACCACCCGUAUCAGAGCGUGUUGUCAGUAUUUACAAGUAUGAAGAUAUUUUCAUGCCGUCAGCUGCCUACCAGACCUUCUCUUCUCCAUUCUGCUUGCUCCUCAUUGUUGCACUGACCUUCUAUUUAUUGAUGGGAACCCCAUGACCGAUGGAAAAUAGCAAGAAUUUGUCAGUGGAAGUUUCUCAGGAUGGACUGCUAUACGGACGGACGAUGCAUUUUUCUAUUGGAAUUUAUAUCACACCACCAUCAUCAUCUAGCUGCUUUUGAACAUAGUUAGCUUCUCAGAAGAAUGAAAUAACCGUCUCCUCUGACUGGCAGAGUGGUGACAAAUCAUUUAAGAAUAAUCAGUGAACACAUAGGAGAAUAUUUUCAGUGUUGUGACUACUUGAUUAAAAAAAGGAGACUUUUGUAAAAUCAAUGUGCGUGCGUGCAUGUGUGCGUGUGUAUGUGUGUUUGGGAGGGGUGUCUGCACCUGUGUUUAGGUGAAUUGAGUGAUGGACAUCUUAUCAAAUAACAAAAUUGCCUUCCAGAUUGCUCCCAAAAAGCAAAUUUGGGAAAACAUUAUAAUGCUGUUUGGUAGUUCUGUUGCAGACAGCACAACUCAAGUGCAGUUUCUGAACUUAAGAUCAGGAUACCAAUACAGCAGUGUAAAACCUGCCCUUCA